GGGAUCUGUUAACUCACGGACACUUUUCUGGGAUCCGCGUAAAAUCAGUGGUUACUGACCUUUCUAAAGCGUACCCGAAUCUCAUACGAACCGAGACGAAGCCGACGGAUAUAAUCUCUUUACGGUUAAUACUGCUUGUCUCAGUUUGAAAUAAUUUUGUCAACUGCCCCAAAGCUGCUGCGAUGUGGAAGUUCUAAUUUGCUAAAGUGUUGCGGUGUACUUAAAUUCAACAGGUCCGGCUGACGCGUGAAUUGAGAUGCUGAGGGGAUGGAGCUGAGCAGAAGAGAAGUGCCUCUAUAUGGGCAGGUGAAGGUAUGUGCGGUGCUUCAAACCCCAGAACUGGUCCCAGAGGAUGCUGAGGUCUACAUUGUGCUGGGAGGGUCAACCCUGGACCACAUCACCGCAGCUCAGAGGACCAGCAAUGGAAGCAUGCUUACCUUUGUAGUCCCGGGUCAUAACCUCUUGGAGGAAGUCACAGUCACAGCUUACCUCCACACUGAGGAAGGACCCGUCUCCUGCCUAAAGAAGACCACCCUUGAGUAUGUCCAGGACGAUGCUCAGGAGCUAUCCGAGUUCCUGGUCACCCACUGUGACUGCCUCAGUGCCAGCGGCUCCCAGGACAUCCUCAGCAGGUUUGGCCUUGGGGACGAAGCCACCCGCGCAAAAAUGGACAAAAAUGUUGCACAGGCCAUGGCUAACUUGGAUUACCCGUACACCUGGAAUGUCCUGGGAAGCCGACCUGGGGAGGUACUCCGGCCGAGAGAGUCCCUGCUCCACCUGGCUGUGCGCCUGGGCUUCCUCUGCCUCUCCGAGCUCCUCCUCUGUCAGCCGGGGGGUCUGAUGGCCGUGACCAUGCCCAACGAGGAGGGCGACACCCCGCUUCAGCUGGCCGAGCGGUCAGGGGAGCGUGCACUGCUGGAGCUGCUUACAGACCCGCCCAACCCGCUGGUCACGCCCCUGGCCGGGGUUUCUCAGGUGUGGGCCGACAGCUCCCGACUGCUGCGAUUCUUUCACGGGCUGGAGACCCUGACUCUGACAGCCCGGCGGACCCCGGAGCGGAACCAGCAGGUUGACAUUCUUCUCCUGAGGAAGAGCCUGAGAGACGAUAACUUCCUAAGGGAGAUCAAAGCACUUAAAAGAAGCGCUUCGAAGAAUGAACACAAAAAGGAGGUCACUGAAGGCUGCACCAACAACACAGGCUUGAACAAGGACAUCUGGGGAGAGGAUCAUGGACUGGUAGAUAGUGUUUUCGAGGAGCAGCUCAUACUCUCUGUGGAGGAGGAGGAAGAACCUUCACCACUGGAAACAGAGAAGAACCUGUCUGCCUCGCUCAGCACCCCCCCGGUCCAGUCCACCUUCACUGCUGCGGCCAGACUCUCUGCUUUGCUGAAUGGGAAGGAGCAAGUCUACGCCAAUGCCAUGCUGGUGGAUCAGGUGGAUGACCUGGAUAUAAAGUACAGUAUCGCCGGGGUGACGGGUGACAGCUCCGUGACGGAGAGCACAGGAUCGGACGCCAUGAGGGAAAGUCCCCCCGACCUGCCCGCGCGCUUCCCGGAAGCAGGCCCAUCCUGUUCCCGCGCUUCCCCGGCCCUCGCUGAGGGGUGGGAGGCCAGAGGCGCGACCCCCGACAGAGAACAAUCGCCCCCCGCACCUUCCUUCCCGCCCCCUUCCCCUCCGAACCUGGAGCUGGCUCGUCUGAACCAGCCACCCCUGACUGGCCCAUUCAGUCAGGGAGGAAGCCCACCACGGGAGACUUGUGCACUGAGCCCCAGUCUGGUGGCUCUGGAGGUGGACAGCGAGGAGGAGGAUCUCCUGGGGAAAGCGAUCCUGUCCCACGUCCCCACGUCCCCCAAGUCGGGCAGCGUCCUGCAGGCCAGCAGCGGGGACGAGCAGGACUCCUUCGACACCUCUCCCGAUCUCAGCAGCAGUCGGACCCACUCCUCCUCUUCCUACAACCCCCCUCCCACAAAGGAGUUGGGGGAUCCAGGUAUCCGCCUGCGGUCGUACUCCUACUCCUCACCCAAACUCAGCCUGGUGCGCCCCCGCUUUGCCCGAGAUGCCACCAUCCCCGAUCUGAGCGAAGAACAGCGCAGCUUGAACUUGUCAGAACAUCCCAAAGAGAAAAGGGAGAUAAGGUUCCGUAAACGGGCACAGUCAGCCGAGGAUGAGGGCAGCGCAGCCCUGGCAGACUCCCUCCAGCACCUCACCCUCUCCGAGUUCCUCAAAGAAAUUGAAGACGAGGAGUGGGAUAAAUAUAUAAUUCCCUCGAAGGCAGAGUCAGAGAAGUACAAAGUGAGUCGAACCUUCAGCUUCCUGAAGAGCAGGAUGUCCAGCACUCGCAAUAAGAACAAGGCAAAGGGGAAGGAGAAGGAAGGGAAGGAGAAGACGAUGAACGGACACCAGUUUGUAGCGGGAACUUGCUCAGGUCUGACGCUAUGCCUGGUCUGUGACAAGCCAGCUGUGGGGAAGGAACUUCUUCAGUGUUCUAAUUGCACCAUUAAUGUCCAUAAGGGCUGCAGAGACUCUGCCGCAACAUGUAUGAAGAAGCCUCAGGAGAAGUAUGCAGUAAUGAUGAAAAACAAGACAGCAUCCCUCCCGCAGAGUUUGACAGUGCGGGAGAGUCCACCAACCUGUCUGAUCCAGUCCUCCGUCUCCCUCCCAACCAUGACGUCCCGGGACAGGAGGGAGCCAUCCGUCCCCCUCUCCAAGAGCCUAUCCAUCACAGACCGGCGGCCGAGUGAUGGUGUUGUGGUGGACACUGAGUCCGCUGCCUGGAGGAAUGGUUCUCAGUCUGAUGAGGUCAUGGAGUCCUUGCUGUCCACUGACUCUUUCAUGAUGGAAGACACUGUGGAUGCUCCACUGCGCAGUGAUCUCAGGGCUGAUUUACUGGACUAUGAGGCGGAGUCCUGGAGCCUGGCUGUGGACCACAAGUUCUGCAAGAAACACGAUAAACGGGUCAUUAAGAGGCAGGAUGUGAUUUACGAGCUGAUGCAGACCGAGAUGCACCACAUCCAGACCCUGACCAUCAUGGCGGAGAUCUUCCGUAAGGGCAUGAAGGAGGAGCUCCAGCUGGACCACUACACCGUGGACAAGAUCUUCCCCUGCCUGGACGAGCUCUUCGACUUCCACAAGAGCUUCUUCUGCGCCAUGAAGGAGCGCCGGCAGAGCUGCACCCGGGAGGACAACAGCAGGAACUUCCGCAUCGACAGGAUCGGGGACAUCCUCGUGCAGCAGUUUUCAGAUGACAAUGCAGCAAAGAUGAAGCAGGUAUACGGGGAAUUCUGCAGUCACCACACAGAGGCUGUCAGCUUCUUCAAAGAGCUCCAGCAGCAGAAUAAGAAAUUCCAGGCCUUCAUCAAACAACAAAGUAAUAACUCUUUGGUCAGGAGGAGGGAGAUCCCAGAAUGUAUCUUGUUGGUGACACAGCGCAUUACAAAGUACCCUGUACUGCUGGAGAGGAUCCUGCAACACUCGGAGGGAGGCACGGAGGAGCACACCGACCUCACCAGGGCCCUGGCUCUGAUCCGGGAUGUGAUCGCAGCUGUGGACCUGAAGGUCAACGAGUACGAGAAGGAGCAGAAGCUUCUAGAAAUCCUCAACCGCAUGGAGAACAAGAGCUUCACCAAGCUGAAGAACGGGCACACCUUCCGGAAGCAGGACCUGCAGGCCAGGACACUGAAGCAUGAAGGCCUGGUGUUCUGGAAGACAGCCACAGGAAGACUCAAAGAUAUCCUAGCUCUCCUCCUCACUGAUGCUCUGAUAUUUCUACAAGAAAAAGAUCAAAAAUACGUCUUUGCUGCUGUGGACCAGAAGCCCCCGGUGAUCUCCCUGCAGAAGCUGAUUGUGAGGGAAGUGGCCAAUGAGGAGCGAGGGAUGUUCCUGAUCAGCGCGUCUGCGGCAGGCCCGGAGAUGUACGAGGUCCACAUGGCCUCCAAGGAGGAGCGCAACAGUUGGAUGAGGCUGAUCCGAGAGGCAGUGGAGAGCUGUCCAGAGGAAGAGGAGGAGCGAACCAGUGAGUCUGAGGAGGACAGGCGAGCUGCUGAAGCUCGGGCCCACAAGAUCCAAAGGCUGCAGGAGACGCUGAACUUGCAGGACCAGCAGAUCUGCACGGGCCUGGAGGAGAAGCUGAAGAUCUACGCUGAGCUCACGGGGGUGAGUGUGAACGAGGAGGCUCUCCCCGUCGCCCACCUGCUCGUCCGGCCGGACUCAGAGGAUGUGCCCCAGGCCACGGCAUUGCUCAACAGUGCUCUCAGAGAGGUGGAGACGCUGACCACCACGUUAACCUCCCUGUUUGGCUCCUCCCCCAACAUGUCGCAGGAGAGUCUAGCAGAGCCCAGCUCCCCUGUAAAGCUGUCCAAUCACAGCAGCUUCAGCAGUAUCCAGGAGUCCCCCACUGAAUCUGACUGUCUGAACACCCAGAGUUCUAGCUCAGUGUCGGACUGUGAGACCAGAGAGGUGGAGUGCACUGAGGCCUUCAUUUUACAGGCUCUCACUGAACUCAAAAGAGGAGACGUCAACAGUAUUAACUUGAAGGUGGCUCACAGUGUGCAGAGCCUGACCCAGCUACUCUACAGUCUACAGGCGGCAGUGACCAUCCAGGACAGCUGCUACGAGGUGCAGAAGCUGCUCCUCCAGGAGAGCGAGCGGCUGCCGCGCCCGCCGUGCCCCCGCGGCAGCGCCUUGCAGGAGCAGGAGAAGCAGCGCAACCUGGAGCGGCGGCGCGAGGAGCUGGCGGGCGUGCAGCGGCUGCAGGGCCAGCUGCGGCAGGAGCAGCAGCGCUGGGAGCGCGAGUGCGACGCCCGGCAGCGCCAGCAGGGGGAGCUGGAGGGCCGGCUGGAGCGGCGCGAGCGCGAGUGCCGGCUGGAGGCGCAGCGGCUGCGGCGCGAGCGUGAGGAGCUAGACGGCCAGCUGCGCGAGUACCAGCAGAGCCUGGAGCGGCUGCGCGAGGGCCAGCGGCUGGUGGAGCGGGAGCGCCAGCGGCUGGAGACCCAGCAGAGGCUGCUGCAGAGCUGGCGGCACAGCCGGCAGAGCAGCCUGCCCGUCAUGGUCAUCCCCCUGGACGAGCAGCAGGAUCCGAGUCACGGAAGGUCUGGGAGUUUGGACUCGGACCGCUUGGCGUUCAUGAACGAGGGGAACUUCCAGGGCCUCCAGACUUCCCUGAACAACCAUCACCUCCACCAGCUGCUUGGACAUCACGGUGCGGCCAGCGCCCAGAACAGCCUCAACGCCCUCAUCGCCUGCACCAACAGCCAGCAGGCCAAUCAGGGGACGGACGCCUCCCACCAUCAUCAGAACAACCACAGGACAGGGACCGCCAUGAACCCUUUACCGGAGUUCGUUUGCGGGACUGCGGUGGGCCAAGGGAGGGAGCACACGGACCACGACUUUGACACGCGCAGCUACAACAACGAGAGGUCAUCAGCGGAAGAGGCGACGGGGGUGGGGGGGGCUUAUCAGUGGUUCACAUCGCCCUCCGCCACCAGCCCCCUCCUAACCCCUCAGGCGUACCUCCCCCUGGAAGCGGAGAACGGGGAGGACAGGGGUGAGGAGAACAUCGUGUACCUCUGAGGUCCAACCGAGGAGGACGCAUGGGGUCCCAGACUGCAAACUGUUCUCAAUUUCAGCUUUACUGUGGAAGUCGACAGCUCUGUCAACGGACUACCUUGCCUGUUUGUGUGUGUCUGUAAAUAUGCGCAUGUACAGUAUAUUUAAGAAUGUAUUAGAAACAUAUAUAUUUGUGAAAACUUGACAUUAGUACUUAACUUGUCAAAGCACAUGCAUGUGUAAUUUAACUGUGUAUUUCAUGUAAUUGCUUUGUACUGGAAACA